AGAUCUCCCACGACUCCUGCCAUUAUAAAUUAUCACCCAUAGGCACCCUGAGGCGGGAUUGACCGACUCGUGCUCUACUUUUUCGCUUUCCUUCUCAUUGUUUACACCCUGCUAUUCGAUCCUCAAUCCUCCCGUCUAUCCCCUGCUAGUGCCUGCUCAGAUCCGUAAUAAUGACCAUCCUCGCAAAGUCCUCUGCCGAAUUGAGCUUGGAGUCUGUGCGCUCGCUCUAUGACCAGCUUUCUGUACACCUUAAGGACCUGUCCGUCCUGCAGGGCAUCACUAGACUUCUCUUCUGGGACCAAGAGACCAUGAUGCCUGCCAAGGCUGCCCCUAUCCGCGCCCAACAGCUGAGCGUCUUGGCUGGCUUGACCCACGAGGCAGAGAUCUCUCCCGUCUUAGGAUCUCUAAUUGAGGAGUUCGAGAAGCGCAAGUUGACUGAGGACCUGCACAAGGAAUUGAACCCUUAUGAGCUCGCGAACAUUCGCCUCGCUACCAAAGCCUACAAAGAAAAAACAUUGCUGCCUAUUGAGCUUGUCAAAGCCAUCGCUACCCUGAACUCCGAAGCCGUCAUUGCCUGGGCAGAGGCUCGCAAGGAGUCUGACUUUUCCAAGUUUGCGCCGUUCCUCGAGAAGCAAAUCAAGAUUCUUCGCCAAGCGGCUUCACACAAGAUUCAGGACAGGGCCUACGCGGAAGCCCGCAAGAUCAACAAGAAAGCUCGCGCGAGCUUGGGCCUUAAGGAGGGCGAAGAGUGUUACAAAGGCUAUUACCAGGUCUUGCUCAACACUUAUGAGGCUGGAUUCAAGGACGCCCACUUGCAGGUCUUGUUUGCGGACUUGAAAAAGAGCAUCAUUCCCUUGAUUGCCAAGAUCAAGGCCAAGGAAUUUCACCACGACAGAAGUUUUAUCCAGGGUGAUUGGGAUAUUCAGAAGCAGGUCGAGUUCUCGACCCGUAUCUCCAAAGAGAUUGGGUUUGACACUGAAGCCGGUCGUCUCGAUGUCUCGACUCACCCCUUCUCCGGUGGCGCUCACCCUACGGAUGUUCGUAUGACCACACGCUACAUCAUCGACAACUUUCAGGAGGGCAUCACAGGUACUAUCCACGAGACUGGUCAUUCUCUCUACGAGCAGGGACGCAACAAGGAGUACGACAACCUCCCUGUCUCCCAGUCCCUUUCAUUGGGCAUCCACGAGUCUCAGUCUUUGCUCUGGGAACGCAUGGUUGGUUUAAACAAGCCCUUCUGGACAUAUGCUCUUCCUCACCUCAAGGCCCAGUUCUCAGGAUCCUCCCAUGAGAAUCUCCAAUCUGCCUCCUUGGAGCAGUUCUACAACGCAUUCAACAGAGUUGAUCCUGGCUUCAUCCGCGUUGAGGCCGACGAGGUAACCUAUCCCUUACACGUCAUUCUGCGAUAUGAGAUCGAGAAGGCUCUGGUGGAGGGCGACAUUUCCGUUGCCGAUGUCCCAAGGAUCUGGAACGCCAAGAUGAAGGAGUACCUCGGUUUGGAUGUCACGGAGGAUCGCUUAGGAUGUUUGCAGGACAUUCACUGGGCAAUUGGCUACAUUGGCUACUUCCCCACCUAUACUUUGGGAUCCAUCUAUGCAGUCCAGAUUUUCGAUGCCGCCAAGGAGGCGAUCCCCAAUUUGGAGGACCAUCUGGCCAAGGGCGAAUUCCACGUCCUGAGACAUUGGUUGAACAAGAACAUUCACGAACAGGGCUCAUUGUCAGAGUCGGGUGAAGAUCUCAUUUAUAACUUGACCGGCAGACCUUUGGACAGCUCGCUCUAUCUCCGGGAAUUGACUGACAAGUAUGCCAGGAUCUAUGAUCUGUAAAAUGCCAUAUCCUCUCGGGCAGUGUCGUUUGAUUUUGUCUGCUUUUUUUUUUUGCUGUAACUUAGACUAGCAAUAAACUUCAGAGCAUCGGCGCUAUGUUGUUAAGCCUAUUAUCCUUUGGGGUCAGGACUAUACACGUAUUGUCUUCUUUAUUGAAAUAAAUCCUGUUCUUGCACCGUGAGUGUCUACUAUCUUCGCAAAAGUGAACCAGGGGGAGAAAGAAAAAAGAUGGGACAUAUGUAUGGUUCUGACCCUCGGAUAAUAAGCUUGGAUCUUCAUGUUAUUCGACUCUGCCCGCAAAGAAACCCAUCUGACACAGUCACACAUAUAAGCCCACUAGACAAU